CACGACCGUGGCUGGGCUGAGAUUCGGAAUGGACAACUUGUUGUACAGAUGGUAAUUUAUAUUACGACGGGCUUCAAUCUAUGAUAGGUAGAGACACUCCGACGAAGAAAUAGCGGAAGGUGCGGUGCCCAACUCAACUCCCGACGAAGAAAUGGCGGGAGACACGGAACCAGAUUCUCAAGAGACACAAAGAGACGAUUUCGCUUUUGAUUGGGAUCAAACCACUCAACUCUAUUUCCAUGCCAGUAGUGGAUUUUACCAUGACCCAAGUGCUGGCUGGUUCUACAGCAGUAGAGAUGGGCUUUAUUACAAGUUCGAGAAUGGAAGUUAUGUGCUUUUAGAAUGUAGUGACAAGGUUAAUAAUGAAUGUGAAAGGGAAACUUUUGUUGAUAAUCCCCUUCAAGAUGAGUCGUUUACGCAUGUUGAAGGCAAUGUUUAUGAAAAUCUCUAUUCAUUUCCACCAGCAAAUGAUUCUGAAUCUUUCCAACAUCGUGGAGUUGUUGUCGAUGAAAGCAAUCUAGGAUACACUGAGUGCAGCAGCAUUCAAGAACCUGAAAAUCCGCCUGCACCAUCGGAGUGGUUGGAAGAAACACUUAUCAACAUUUUUUUGUCUGGUUCUAACCGAGCGAUUGAUGCCUCUGAUGAUCCUGUGAUAGCUUUGAAAAUGGAUGUCAAUAAUGAUAAUUGCAAGCCAGAAGAAGGUGAUCCAAUCACAGAAGGCCACCAUGGCUUAGCUGACCCAGAUGCCUCAAGGGAUGAAGAAAACUGGCGAGCUCAGUACGGUCAAGUAGUCCAUUCCAGGGAAGAGCCAGUGCCAGAUUUUCAUGCCGUCGAUUUAUGGGACUGGGAAAUGGUCAAGUGUUCUCGAAAGGUUGGAAAAGGUCAGGAGGCUAGGUUGGCUGGGCAGCUGGUGAAGCGAUCUGCAAAGUCUCAUCCUUCUAUGCCUUCUAGCUGUAUUCGCUUUAGAACUGCUCCAAUAUGUGAAGUACACCUUGACCUGGUACGAGUUAGAACAGGACAAGUUUAUAAGUUGCAUAGUCCUAGCACAAGAUAUUUGGCUUCCAUGUCAACUUAUGAUUCUUCCAAUCCAACAAAAGGCUGGGAUUUCCCUGAAUUAUCUAUUACCAUGCAAGAUAGCCCCCUAAUAAAAUCCAGUGGAAAAGGUGAAUCAAGAUCAGCUGAUGGAGAUGCUGAUAGCAAGUGCACGACUGUGUUAUCCAAUCAACUCUCUGCAUCCAAAAUGCAAGCAAGCCACGCAUACAGGGAUAGAGCUGCUGAGAGAAGAAACUUGCAUGGUGGUUUUGGUGUGGGCCCUGGACAAAAGAGUUCUUUAUUUGGUGAUGUGGGUGGCUCUUCAUCUGCAGUUUCUACUUCUACAGAGGAAGCUGCUGCUGAAGCCUUGAGCAUGUCAUUUGGAGCUGGUAGUUAUGCCAGGAAAAUUCUGGAAAACAUGGGCUGGAAGGAGGGAGAGGCUUUAGGCAACACCACAAAGGGCCUGGUUGAACCGAUAAAAGCAGUUGGAAACAUGGGCAACGCUGGAUUGGGGUGGCCUCAGGGAAGAAUGAAGCUCCCUUAAUAUCUAGGACACUAACUUCGAGUUUUUGCCUGCGGAUAUAGGUUUUUUUUUUAAAACACUGGGUGGAGUGUAGUCUCCUGGUACGUGUCGAUGCUUCAAUUUUAAAGUCCAAAAUGGCUGCCAGUCUCUGUAUAUAUAUAUAUACUAGUUAUUUGACAUGUGAUUCAAUGUGAUUUGUAAAUUUUAUUUAAAAAAAAAAAUAGGUAUCCUAGCUAUUUCAAUA